AUGUCUACAAGCAUUAAUGUCAGCAGCGACAGUACAGUUUUCGGCAAGCAUAAGGGUCUUUACGCAGAAAUACCGAUUGUGCUGUCCGACCUAAAUGGCUCACGCAGAGACAGCGGGCCUAUUUCUGAACCUGGAUCGCUGAAGAAUCAUCGUCAGUGGCCUUUCGGACGUCAAACGAAGGAAAACGCUCAUCGUUUCUUUCGGAUAGCCGAAGACGGAUGGCUUUGGGAGAAUGUUGCUCUGGUCGUCUCCAUUGCUGCCAUCCUGGCGCUGUGCGCCACUCUAGCGAUACACGACGGCAAACCGACGCCAUCCCUCGCAUAUGGACUGACGUUGAACGCGGUGGCGGCGUUUCUGUCGGUCAUUUCGCGAGUGGCCCUUCUCACUGUCGCCAAUGCCGUACUACAUCAAAGCAAAUGGCACUCGAUCGUGCAGAGGCAUGGUUUCAAGAAGCUUGCAGAACUGGAGCAUUUCGAGAAUGCCGCUUCUGGGCCAUGGGGAUGCCUCAUCUUGCUUUUUAAGGGACGCGGAAGCUGGCCAGCGUGGAUUGCAGCCGUCGUCACCCUGGUCUCACUUCUUUUCGACCCAUUUCUGCAGCAAUCAGUUCAGUCAGAGAUGCGAACCGUAGCCCUAGCAGAAGCGAGUAGCUCUCUGAGGUAUUUUAAACCUGAUGGAUAUACAUUGUUGCCUGCGAGUAACCUCCAGAUCGAAAUGGCCCUAGCCGAUGGCAUUUACGGAGGAGACUCUGGGUCUUGGAGGCCGCCCUGUCCAUCCGGCAACUGUACCUGGCCAGAGUAUCAACAGCUUGGUUUUACUGCAAAGUGCGCAUCUAAGCUUACCGACGUGCGCAUUGAGCCCAAUCGCAACAACACAGGCUUUGCCGGCAUGGCUGAGAGAAUCCAAGCAACGUGGACGAACAUCACGGAGACAGAAAUCACCGGGCAGUGGUUGCAGCCACAAGAGCGACCGGUCUACAGCUACCACGUCGAAUUCUCUGACAACUCGACGGACACUGUGGUGGGUCUUGACCUGAGUUGGAUGGAGCAAGCUACAGCAGACAGCGGUAAAGCCUUCCUCAAGACAAAUUGGACGAGCCAAGUUAUCUGGCCUCUAAAUCUGCCCGAGGUGCCUAAUAGCACUUCAAGAUAUUUCGGCAGAUCGUUCGACCCAUCACUGGCAAUGUGGCAGCAAGGGACUUUUGCAGGCGUAGAGAAUCCGCUCUUGGCUCUGGGAUACGUCCACCUUGGCUGGGAUCUUGAGCGGACUGCUGACGGUCCGGAUGCACCCCUGACCAUACUCGACGCGCAAGAAUGCGCGCUCACACUGUCCACAUCUAUGAUGAACACAUCGAUCGUUGCUGGUGACUUUCAGAACGUUGUUGCCGAAGAGCGGAUCGGACGGAUUACCGUCAAACAGCCACAAGGUAAUGAUUGGUGCUGGUACUCAAGCGAUGGUACCGACGAUGUCCCCCGUGCUUCGAUGUGUAGCAUGGACCGGGUCUUUUCUCUUUCGACAGCCAUAGGCCUGUUGGUUGACAAUAUCAUUGGGUCUAUUGGGGGACAAAUGACAUUCUCAUGCCCUCUCAACGCUGAUGGCUCGAUCUCGCUCCCGGAGUGCAAUGUACCCGAAGUCACAAGCUCCUUUAGCGAUCCAGAAACCUACCUGAACAACCAGAGUAGCUGGACCACUCUGACCACAGCGUCCAUGGGCAGCCGUGCUCGCGACCAAGGGUUUCCGGACUUGCUUGACGGGAUUGCGACAUCCUUGACCAAUACGUUCUAUAGCGAGGGCAACAGUACUUUGGACGGCACGAGCUAUGUGGUAUCGAGUCAUGUCAAGAUCGAAUGGCCAUGGCUGACUCUGCCGUUCGUACUCAUCUCGGCAACUCUAGUGGCUCACAUCGGGGUCCUUAUCGAGACUCGAAUGCUCGGGUUGCCGAUUUGGAAGUCCAGUAUCCUGCCUUAUUUGUAUUCCAGUGAGGGCUUCUCACUGCAAUACUCGGCUCAAACCACAGGUGUCGGUCCAAAGACGUCGGAGAUGCUGAGCGAGGCAGAGCAGACUAGUGUGAGCCUGCAGAGAGAUGCAAAGGGAGCUUGGGGCCUAUGGUCGGUCGAUGAUGGAGGAGCUGUAGACCGUAGUAGUCGGUGA